CACUUCUACGUCUCCACGCUCCGCCCCAACCUCCUUCGCUCACGCGCCCUCAUCCAAACCCUAAUCAAUGCCCACCACAUCGACGAGGUCUCCCUCGUCGACAAUGCCACCACCGCCGCCGCCAUCGUCCUCCAGCAAAUUGGCCGCCGCUUCGCCCACCACAGAAACGACACCGUCAUCAUGUUCCGCUGCGCCUUCCCGGCCGUCAAGAAAUCCAUCCAAGCCUACGUCACCCGCGCCGGAGCCUCCGUCGUCGAGGUCGACCUUCCGUUUCCGGUGAGCUCGAACGCGGAAAUCAUCGCCGAGUUUCGGAAAGGACUAUCCAGUGCAAAAUCCGACGGCCGGAAAGUCAGGCUGGCCAUAAUCGACCAUAUCACGUCCAUGCCGUCGGUCGUGAUUCCAGUUCGCGAACUCGUCCAUAUCUGCCGAGAAGAAGGAGUCGAACAGGUAUUCGUCGACGCCGCGCACGCCAUCGGCAGCGUGUCCAUCGACGUUCAGCAAAUCGGAGCGGAUUUCUACGUGAGCAACCUCUACAAAUGGUUCUUCGCGCCGCCCUCGGUCGCGUUCCUCUACUGCCGAAAAUCGAACCCGUCCUCCUCCGAAACGCACCACCCGGUAGUCUCUCACGAGUACGGGAACGGACUCCCCGUCGAGAGCUCGUGGAUCGGGACCCGAGACUACACUCCACAGCUCGUCGUCCCGGCAAUCAUGGAGUUCGUGAAUCAGUUCGAGGGCGGAAGCGAGGGGAUCAUGAGAAGGAACCACGAGGAGGUGGUGAGGAUGGGGAAAAUGCUCGCCGAGGCGUGGGGGACGAGCCUGGGGUCGCCGCCGGAGAUGUGUGCGAGCAUGGUGAUGGUGGGGCUGCCGUCGAAACUGCACGUUUUGAGCGACGAUGAUGCCACGAGACUGAGGUCGCAUUUGAGGGACAAGCACGGCGUUGAGGUACCCAUAUACUAUCGUGCCCCCAAGAAUGGGGAGAAGAGUGAGAGCGAGCCUAGAGAUGAUCAUGGGUUGAUUACGGGUUAUGCAAGGAUUUCACAUCAGGUUUAUAACAGAAUUGAGGAUUAUUAUAAGUUUAGGGAUGCCAUUAAUCGGAUUAUUUUGGAGGAGACAAGUUUGCAGGGCUGCUUUUGAUUGAACUAGAAAAGAUAUGGUGCACUAGGAGCCUUCCAUGGAAUAACAUGUUUUUUUUUCUAUCAAGUCUGCUGAUUCCUCUGGCUUGACACGGUGUCUAAACUACAGAAUUUUGGUAGUGGUAGACACCAAUCCAAAGCUUGUGGAGAUUGUGACAUAAACCAAAGCUUGUGGAGAUUGUGACAUAUGCUUAUUGGAACUGAAAAAAGGGUUUCUUUUAUAUGAAUGUCAGCAUUCUCUUAGCAAUUCAGCCGGAGUCAACUGAAUUUAAUUUUAUUUCUUCAUCAUCA